AUGCCGUCCCUUCAAGAGAGCAAAUUGGCCUUCAUUGGCGGUGGCAAUAUGGCCUCCGCCAUCAUUGGUGGCCUGUUGAGCAAAGGCGUCAACAAGCAGAAUAUCUCUGUCUCCGAGCCGUGGGAUGUCAAUCGCGAGAAGAUGGCCGCGCUCGGAGUGCGUACCACCACUUCUAAUAUCGAGGCUGGAGGUGAUGCCGAUUUGGUCAUCAUUGCCGUCAAGCCCCAGGUUACCAAGGGUGUCUGCCAGGAGCUCGGUGGUGCCUGGUCACCCCGCGCGACUUUGCCCGUUGUCGUCAGCAUUGCCGCGGGUAUUACCCUUGAUAGCUUGAAGGGGUGGUUGACAACGAGCGAUAGUCGUACGGCCCACACCGUUCGCGUGAUGCCCAACACCCCCGCCCUAGUUGGUGAGGGUGCUUCCGGCGCUUUCGCCAGCGCGGAUGUCACAUCGGAUGAGAAGGAGCUUGUUAAUGCUAUGCUCGGAAGUGUUAGCAAGGCUACCGAGUGGGUGGACCGCGAAGAACUUCUCGAUGUCGUCACUGGUUUGUCCGGAUCUGGACCUGCCUACUUCUUUGCCAUGGUUGAGCACUUGGUUGCAAGUGCAACUGCUCUAGGCCUCUCCGAAGAACAAGCUACCCGGUUGGCGACCCAGACAUGUCUCGGUGCUGGCAAGAUGUUGGUGGAGAGCCCCGACAGCCCUGCUCAGCUGCGUAAGAAUGUGACUAGCCCCAACGGCACCACACAUGCUGCUCUCGUGAAAUUUGAGUCUCUCAACUUUAAGGACAUUGUCGACAAGUCUGGCGAUGACAACUCUGCGGCUUCCUUUGAGAAGACCCUAUCCACGCUGUCGACCAAGAUCGCCCAGGCCACCGCGCAACUCGACCAGCAACGUCAGUCCUCUCGGCGCAUCAAGGCUCUCUGGACGCUUUACUCGACAUUUGCCUAUCUAUUUUACUCUAUCGUUCUCGCCCUCAUACUGGGCUGGGAGAGCUGGGGAGUCAAGGAAUAUGCAGCUAUCGCAGGCGGGCCGGUGCUCAUCUACGGUGUGCGCACUCUGAGCUCCAAGAUCUUCGACUACCGAAUUUCUCGCAUCCAACGCCGCCUUGACGACUUCCACAAGCAGCGCGAGGAGACAAUCGAAAAGCUCAAGGUUGCAACCAAGUACAACUCCACCCAGCAACUGCUAGAGAAGUAUGGCGGUGAAUCCCCCAAAUCCUCCCCGGGUGCAAAGGUUCAGGACGAGAAACGCCAGCCUGCCCAGCAGCAACAGCAUGUGGCCCGCACCGGUCUCCCGCCGCCGCCCACUGCCAACAUCCGCCGUCCUCCCUCCGCACCGCAAAUCCCAAACGAUCCGCCAUUCCCCAGCUCUCCUUCUCCUCCCCUCGAGCUAUCCCAGGGCCCGCGAACCCCACAACAGACCUCCUUCCCACCUCCGUCCCCUCCCCAAAUACCCACCGAUCAACCCGGCUUUGCACCGAACGCAUUCACCCAGAACGGCGAGUACAUCGAACAACCACACUGGUACGACCGUCUUUUGGACGUUCUACUGGGAGAAGAUGAAACACAACCCCGCAACCGGAUGGUCAUGAUCUGCACCGCAUGCCGGCUCGUAAACGGCCAGGCCCCCCCUGGUAUCAAAACACCGGAAGAGCUGGGCCGCUGGCGAUGCGGCAGCUGUGGGGCUUGGAACGGCGUGGAAAGCGAGACAACACAGAUCCUCACCAGUUUGCGACAAGAUGCUGUGCCCGCUGAGGGAACUUGGGAGCCUGUGCCGAAGGCGACGGAUACCCCGUCCUCCGAGGGCACGGAAGAGGGUGUAAUGGUUGCUUCGAGUGAGGAGGAACAAGUGGACUCCCUUGGCUCCGAUGCGGAGGAACGGACAGAAGAUGAACCUAAGCCUGCCCCUGUGCGGCGGUCCAAGCGCGGUGCAAAGGGAGAUAAGACACAGUAG